AUGGCUCCGAAAACUACGAUUCGAGGUGUCGUCUUCGAUGGUACCCCUUUUCAGGUAUCUGUUGUCGAUCUACCUCGUCCAAACAUUAUCGAACACACCGAUGCAGUCGUCCGCAUCACCACCUCCGCUAUUUGUGGCUCGGACCUGCACAUGUACCAUGGGGUCCAAGGUGGCACUCCUCCUUGGGGAAUGGGCCAGCAGGCCAUUGGGUACAUUUCUGAGAUCGGAAACGCAGUAUCGUCCCUAGAACGGGCUGCCUCGAUCGGAGCCAUUCCAAUCAACUUCAACGAGUCGGACCCAGUGCAGCAGAUCCUGGAGCGCGAACCAUUGGGCGUCACCCGCGCAUUGGACUGCGUGGGCAUGGAAGCGAUCAACACCAAAGGAGACCUACAAGAGGGCAUUGUCCUACAAAACAUGGUCGGCGUGGCAGCUCAAAAUGGCGGUCUUGGGAAGGUCGGUGUGUAUAUGGCUCAGAGCAGCUGUGCUGGAGCACCCUUGGGAGAUUCCAUCGCUCAGAACAUCACCUUCCCUGUGACCGAGUUUUUCGGCAAGCAUCUGCGGUACGAAGCGGGCGUUGUCGAUCUCAAGGUUAUGGCACCGCAGCUGAUGGAGGAAUUGCGGCGGGUCGGGCCCACCCUAGUUUUAUUUCCACUGCGACCAUUCGUCUGGAAGAGGCACCGAGAUAUCAUGAGCGGUUCGAUCGACAUGAGGAGAUCAAAGUGUAUAUUCUAUUCCUUAGUUGCGUGGCUGCCGGUGGGUAUAUUGUUUGGUAUAAUCAUGGAGCCAGAGCAGGCAGAGAUUCCCGAUUCAACCGACGGUUGA